AUGGACUGGCUGACACUGGUAACACCUGAUGAAAUGGAACGAGUCGGUAAGAACGCAAACAACAUUGAGGAGUUAGAGGUUGCAGUAAUGAAAUACGUGAGAAAUAAAAUGAAGGUGAAACACGCACGCGAUCCGGCGUGUGGUGAAUGUGGUAGUAAGUCAAUUGUGGUAAUAGAUGGAGCAGAUACAUGCACACGUUGCGGAACUAGUGCUAUGAACAACUUCACAUACUACGUUAGUUACAAUCACAACAAGGACGACUACUUGAAAAAGAAAUCGUCCCAUAAUAGAGUCCGUUGGUUUGAGAGACACUUAUUCGAGCAUGUUGCUUCUGGGGAUAGGGAUACCAUACGGGAGCAGUUUAGAAGCAUUGUAAGAUGUAUACAAAGACUUAGACUGCAACGGGGGCGCAACAUAGUUAGAUAUAAGUUUUACCUAUUAAGGUUAGCCAGCAUGAACAACAUCAUGUUGAGAAACCCACCUGAGGACAUUAAGACUCAAAGAAUUGUGAACAUCCUUGAGGACAGACUAUAUGGAAAGGUUUUCCCCGAGUUGGGAUGGGAACCGGAAAAUUGUAAAUAUUAUAAUAACUGGAAAUUUAGACAUAAAUAA